AUGGCAAAAAGUAAGAAACAAACCACGAAGUCUCAAACCGCGGAGACGUCUCAAUCUUCCACAAACAAUAACAGCAGAUUUCAAUCUAGCUGGUUCACAGAUAGUAUGAACCGUGAACAUCAUAAAUACUGUGCCGCAGCUCUUAAAACAUUGAAGCAUCAUCCUUCGGCAGCACCAUUUCUUGAACCGGUUGAUCAUAUUAAAUACAAUAUCCCAGAUUAUCCUGAAAUUAUCAAAAAUCCUAUGGAUCUUGGUACAGUUGAACAAAAGCUCAAUGACUGUGCUUAUGAUAAUGUGAAUGCAUUUAUUACUGAUGUUCGGUUGGUAUUUUCCAACUGUAUCAUCUAUAAUGGAGCUGGUCAUCAAUUCUCUGUUUAUGCGAAAGAAUUAGACAAUUUAUUCACUCAACAGCUUAUGAAGAUGCCUGGUGUUAAAGAGGAGAUACCGCAAAAACCUGUUGCUGAACCUUCUAGCAAAGGAACAAAGACAUUUAAACCUGUUGUAGAAUCACCUGCGGCAAAACCUGUAAUAUCGGAUGUCAAACGUCCUAAAAGAACUAUCAAGGCUCCUGCCAAAGAUUUACCUGAUGUACCUGCAGCUCGUCGUAAAAAAAUUAAAAAGAACACUGAUGUCGGAUUUUGUCGUGAG